CAACUCUGAUGCCACAUCAGGGAAGGAGAUGAGCGACGGAUACGAGGGGACAUACGGAGGUAAAGGCGAAGGGAAAGUCCGCAAACACCAUCGCAGGUCCACCCGCACUCGCUCUCGGCAAGAGAAGAUUAACAGGCCAAAGCUCAGCAUGCUCAAUGUGUGCAACACUGGCGAUAAGAUGGUCGAGUGUCAGUUGGAAACUCAUAACCACAAAAUGGUUACUUUCAAGUUUGACCUGGAUGGAGAUGCACCGGAAGAGAUUGCCACGUACAUGGUGGAGAAUGAUUUCAUCCUGCCUUUAGAAAAAGAGAUGUUCAUUGAGCAGCUGAAGGACAUUGUGGACAAGGCUGAGGACAUGCUGAGUGAGGACACCGAGGGCGAGAGGAACUUUGACCACGGAGGCAGUCCCAAACAGAGUGAAGGCUCUGUGGGAGCAGAGGGAUUGAAGGCUUCUGCACCAAGCACACCACAGCUGGUGUACCAGCAAAAUGGCCUCCCGUCCAGAUGCUGGGCCCCGCAGCCCAGCCCCUCUGAACAUGAACCACUAUGCUAA